AAAGAGAAUGAACAGUUCCUUAUUUCCACUGAAGGUUUUGAUUGAUAUCAUACACUUUCUCCAUGUGACAGUCAUUGUUCAGACAAAUCAAGAUGUGUUGCUCCUACCAGACUGGAUGAAGCUUCAGUGUGUGAGUGCAGUGCAGUGAGACCUGUCUGUACACUGAGACAAUCACUCUGAGAAACCAUGUAACCAUGUGGUAACUGCAAUGCUCAGAACUUCUAAGUUCCAGGAAUUUCUGAUAUCUACAUUCCAAAAACAGACUAAAGCAGCAUGAGAAGGGAGAACCAGAGCAGCGUUUCCAUGUCCAAGUUCGUCCUCGUGGGGCUACACAUCUGGCCAGAGCAGCAAGGCAUGGUUUUUGCCCUGUUCCUGGGUAUGUACCUGACCACAGUGCUGGGGAACCUCCUCAUCAUCCUUCUCAUCAGGCUGGACCCUCGUCUCCACACCCCCAUGUACUUCUUCCUCAGCCACCUGGCCUUCUCUGAUGUUUCCUUUUCAUCUGUCACUGUCCCUAAGAUGUUGAUGAACAUGCAGACUCAGGAUCAAUCCAUUCCAUAUGCAGGGUGUGUAACACAGACAUAUUUUUUUAUAUUUUUUAGUUGCAUUGAUAACCUUCUUCUUGCAGUGAUGGCCUAUGACAGGUAUGUGGCUAUUUGUCACCCUCUACGCUAUGCCAUCAUCAUGAAGGAAGAACUGUGUCUUUGUCUAUUGGCUGGAUCCUGGCUCCUCUCCUGUGCCUAUGCCCUGACACACACCCUUCUCCUGGCUCAACUGUCCUUCUGUGCUGACAACAUUAUCCCCCACUUCUUCUGUGACCUUGCUUCCCUGAUUAAGUUGUCCUGCUCAGACACCUCUCUCAAUGAGCUGGUCAUAUUCUCUCUAGGGCCAGCAGUUUUCAUCUUUCCACUGAGUGGCAUCCUUGUCUCUUAUGGCUGUAUUGUGGUCUCCAUCCUCAGUGUCCACUCUCCUAAAGGGAUUUUCAAAGCCUUGUCCACCUGUGGCUCCCACCUCUCUGUGGUGUCUCUAUUCUAUGGGACAAGUAUGGCAGUGUACCUUUCCUCCUCAUCAGGCCAGUCCCAUGACAAAGACACCAUUGCUUCAAUAAUGUACACAGUGGUCACCCCCUUGCUGAACCCUUUCAUCUACAGCCUGAGAAACAGAGACAUGACAUUGGCUCUGCAGAUUCUUUUCAGAAACAGUAACCUUUUAGCCAAAUGAGAAUCACUGAACCAUGUUCUUCUUUCAUUCACUGGCAUUGUUAGUAAAGCCUUAAAAAGCUGUGUGUUGGUCACCCAUGUCUCAAGCAGUUUCCUCACUCUCCCUUAAAGAGUCACUGUUAUUGGAUCAAUUUCUUUCCCUUUAGCUAUAUCUAUUGUCAAUUUAUUUUUCCAUACCCCUAUAUGUGACAUUACCCAUAACACACAUCCAAUGUGUGAUCUUCAAUGCCCCAAACUCCUUUGUGUAUAUGUGUAAAUAUGUUUAAAUUUUAAUUUUUCCAAUAUGUUGUAUUAUUACUUUUUUACACCUUUUCAAGUAUAUUUAAGU